AAACUUUCAUUGAAUAGUAGACUAUAAUAAUAAAAGUUAUUAAUUAUAUUUUAUAAACAAAAUAGUGUUUUACAAUAACUGUGUGUGAAGUAAGAGACAUGAGAUACAGAGCGGAGGUAGAGGAGAUCAUCAAACCUCUCACCCUCUCCAACGAGCAAUUGGGAGAAAUAGAGGCCCUAUUACUCAAGUCAUUCAAUGAUGGUCUACGGAAGGAUACCAAUCCCGUGGCGCCCGUCAAAAUGUUCCCCACUUUUGUGCGGGACGUUCCCGACGGCAAAGAGAAAUACGUAGCUGAAGGAAAAUACAUGGCUCUAGACUUAGGCGGCACUAACUUCCGUGUAUUGCUUCUGGAGUUAAACGCCGAUCAAAUUCAUUUGGAUUCCGAAGUAUAUGCCGUUCCCGAGUCCAUAAUGCAUGGGACGGGAGACCAGGUAUGUGGUCUUAUGAAAUUAUAAUUAAGUUUUU